GGCACAAUGGGGAAAGGCUUCUACGUAAGCAAGAUCGUGGGCUUUGUCUGCAUCUUCUUUGCGAUAGCUGCAGUGGCUACAAUAAUUGCUCUAGCAGUGGUUUAUUCAAAUGAGAAGUCCAACAAUGAUAAGGUAGAGAAUGGAGGAACCACCACCGCUCCAACAAGCACCACAUCAAACAUUGUUAUUACAGCCAGGACCACACCAACGACCACCUCCUCAACUAUAACCUCAGUAAAACCUGCCAAUACAACUCCUGCGUCCAAUGAAACAUGGGAUCAAUAUCGCCUUCCGCCUCACCUAGAACCAGAACUUUAUGAUGUUGACCUUAGACCCAUUUUAACAAAAAAUGACCAAGGACUCUACGUAUUUCAUGGAGUCAGCAAAGCCUAUUUCACAUGUAAAACAGCAACACAACAUCUCAUUAUCCACAGUAAAAAGCUCAAUUAUACCACAGACCCCCUACUCACUGAUGACACCGGCAGAAAUAUCAGCUCAAACCGACCCUUUUUUGCAGAGAAGACCAAUUAUUUAAUACUGCCUCUCAACGAACAACUUGAACCUAUGAAAAAAUAUGUACUUCACACGCAGUACGUGGGAGAACUGGCAGAUGAUCUGGCGGGAUUUUACCGAAGUGAAUAUGUAGAAGAUGGUGUCACCAAGAUCAUAGCCACUACACAAAUGCAGGCCCCUGAUGCGAGGAAGGCAUUCCCCUGUUUCGAUGAGCCGGCAUUAAAAGCUAAUUUCAGCAUCACGCUCAGACACAAACCAGACUAUGUGGCAUUGUCAAACAUGGGAAUUAUAAAUGUGGCUACUGAACAAUGGAAUAAUGAAACCUGGAAUAUUACAACGUUUGAGACUUCUCCAAGGAUGUCGACAUAUCUGGUGGCCUUUAUAGUUUCUCAGUUUCAAUCUAUUGGCGACAACAGGCGGAACGGGCGGAUCGUUAAAAUCUGGGGCCGUAAAAAGGCAAUUGUGGAUGAGAAUCAAGGAGAGUAUGCACUGAAUGUCACAAGGCCAAUACUGGAGUUUUUCGAAAACUACUACGGUGUUCCUUACCCGCUGCCAAAAUCAGACCAAAUAGCUCUCCCAGACUUCAGCGCAGGAGCCAUGGAGAACUGGGGACUUGUGACGUACAGAGAGACUGCCCUCCUUUAUGACACCAAGGAAUCUUCCAUUGGCAACAAAGAGAGAGUGCUCACAGUCAUAGCUCAUGAGCUCGCACAUCAGUGGUUUGGGAAUCUUGUAACAAUUCGAUGGUGGAAUGAUCUGUGGCUGAAUGAAGGUUUUGCCUCAUACGUGGAAUAUUUGGGAUCUGACUACGCAGAGCCCACCUGGCACAUAAAAGACCUGAUAGUCCUUGAUGAUCUGCACAGAGUGAUGGGUGUCGAUGCUUUAGCGUCUUCUCAUCCGCUCACUUCAAAGGAAGAAGAUGUGAAUACACCAGAAGAAAUUAGCGCACUUUUUGAUUCCAUCACUUAUAGUAAGGGUGCAGUGGUUAUUCGGAUGUUGUCCUCAUUUCUCACUGAAGAACUUUUUGUAAAGGGACUGAAUGCCUACCUUAAAGAAUUUGAGUAUCAAAAUACAGUGUAUAAUAAUCUGUGGAAUUCCUUACAAGAAGUAACUAAUGAUAAAUCUGUUUACCUUCCAGACUCAAUUGAGAAUAUCAUGAACACUUGGGUCUUGCAGAUGGGUUUCCCAGUGGUGACAAUAAAUACAGUAGAUGGCUCUUUAAUCCAGAAACAUUUUCUUUUGGAUCCUACCUCAACAGUGUCUCGUGCAUCAGAAUUUAACUAUAUAUGGUAUGUUCCUAUUUCAUACAUCACCAAAAAUUCUGGAAAUGGAAAUAUCUGGCUAACAAAAGAAAGAGAGACAAAUAAUUCACUUCAGUUAACUGGAGACAACUGGUUGCUCGCAAACAUUGAUGUGACUGGAUACUACAGGGUUAACUAUGAUGAUGGAAACUGGAACAAAUUGGUUCAGCAGCUGGACACUGACCUUACGCGCAUUCCUGUUAUUAACCGAGCUCAGAUCAUUGAUGAUGCAUUUAAUUUAGCCAGAGCUCAGAUAAUAAGUACUACAAGAGCGCUUGAAACAACAAAAUUUCUGUCCAAGGAUGUGGAGUACAUGCCAUGGCAGGCAGCUGUCAGCAGUCUCAGUUACUUUACACAGAUGUUCGAUCGCUCAGAUGUGUACGGACCAAUGAAGACUUACAUGAAGCAACAGGUUACUCCACUAUUUACUCAUUUUAAAACCCUAACAAGUAACUGGACUGACAGACCUGCCACUUUAACAGAACAAUACAAUGAAAUUAAUGCAGUCAGCAUGGCUUGUAGCUAUGGAAUCCCAGAAUGUGGAGAACUGGCCACCAGACUCUUUAACGAGUGGAGAAAUUCAAAUGUCAAUGGGAUUCAUCCAAAUCUGAGGUCCACCAUCUACUGCAAUGCCAUAGCUCAAGGGGGAGAAGAAGAGUGGAAUUUCUUAUGGGAACAGUUCACGAAGACCACUAAUGCGCAAGAGGCUGACAAACUCCGGGCAGCGCUGGCGUGUAGUAGGGAACCCUGGAUCCUGAAUAGACUUCUGGAGUUUUCCUUGGAUCCCAGCAAAAUCCGCAAACAAGAUACUCUUUCUACAAUUACCAAUGUUGCUAACAAUGUGGUAGGCCAGGACCUUUGCUGGGAAUUUAUUAGCGCCAACUGGGAAACACUUGUGAAAGAGAUUGGAGCUGGAAUGUCCUUUGGUAAUGUGAUUAAUGGAGUAACUAGAAGAUUUUCCACAAAUUUUCAGCUGCAGCAACUUAAUCGGUUUAAACAGCUCAAUACUGAUAACAACAUUGGUUUCGGUACUGCGUCUCGUACUUUGGAGCAAGCUAUAGAGAAGACGAAAGCUAACAUCAUCUGGGUAACUCAGAAUAAAGCUGCUGUACAGCAAUGGUUCGAGAAUGCUAUAAACCCUUAAAGCAGAUGAAAAACACUACUGCACAAUUGUGAAGAGAACGUUUACAAACCACAUGUACCUCCAUAUGUGGUUUUCUAUAAUGUAUAAAGCUACAGAGAAAAGAAAAAUGAUACCAUAGAAAUGUGAUUUCUGUUCUGACAAGAUUCCU